UGUUUUUAAACGCGGAAGUGACAGCUCGGUUAGUAACGGUUGUAAACGCUAAUGUUUUAUAUUGAAACUCUGAAACAUGUCGGCAGAACUACCGGUUUGUUCGGCCGCUUCUCAGUUAUGUUUGUCUUUGUUUUACCGGUGACGCCCUCUCUGACGGACUGUUGUUUAGGUUGUUUACUUAGAGAUAGAAACUGAGUUUAUAACAAUAAAAAGUCAAGAUGGAUGAAACGCGGUGUUUUCUGGUUCUCGCGGUGUUUCUUCGAAGUGUCUCCGGAGUUUUUGCGGCCAAGCAGCCGAACAUCGUGUUCGUGUUGGCGGAUGACUUCGGCUGGUUUGAUGUGGGUUACCACAAAUCCGAGAUCAGGACUCCGAACCUGGACUCUCUGUCAGCAGGAGGAGUCCGGCUGGAGAACUACUACGUGCAGCCUAUAUGUACCCCCUCCAGGAACCAGCUCCUGACCGGCAGGUACCAGAUCCACACAGGCAUGCAGCACCAGAUCAUCUGGCCGUGUCAGCCGUACUGCGUCCCUCUGGAUGAGAAGUUGUUGCCUCAGCUGAUGAAGGAGGCGGGCUACGCCACACACAUGGUGGGCAAGUGGCACCUGGGCAUGUACAAGAAGGACUGCCUGCCCACACGGAGGGGCUUCGACACAUAUUUUGGUUAUUUGAUGGGCAGCGAGGACUACAACACUCAUGUCCGCUGUUCGAACAUCCCUCCUCUGGACCUGAAUCGAUGUGCGUUGGACCUGCGGGACGGUGAAGAGGUCGCUACGGGAUAUGAAGGAGUCUAUUCUACUGAGCUGUUCAGCAAGAAGGCCAUCAACGUCAUCGAGAAGCACAACCCUAACAAGCCGCUCUUCCUCUACCUCGCGUUCCAAGCAGUCCAUGCACCCCUGCAGGUGCCCGACCACUACAUGGCCCCGUACGACUUCAUCCACGACCUCAACCGCAGGAAGUAUGCUGGCAUGGUGUCGGCCAUGGACGAAGCGGUGGGCAACAUCACUCGGGCUCUGAAGCAGGAAGGACUCUGGGAGAACACCAUCCUGGUGUUUUCAGCUGAUAACGGAGGCCAGACGUUAUCGGGCGGCAGCAACUGGCCACUGCGAGGGAGGAAGAUGUCGCUGUGGGAAGGAGGUAUCCGGGGAGUUGGAUUUGUCGCCAGCCCGCUUCUGGAACGACCCGGAACCGUCAGCAAAGAGCUCAUUCACAUCUCUGAUUGGCUGCCAACCCUUGUCGGUGCGGCUGGAUGGAAAACCAAUAGCACAAAACCACUGGACGGAUUCAACAUGUGGAAUACAAUCAGCAAAGGGUUCGCCUCACCCAGACUGGAGCUGCUGCACAACAUCGACCCUCUAUAUGUUGAUACUGCUCCAUGUCCGGGCACAAAGAGUCGGUUUACUUUGGAUCAGGAGUACAACAAAAACCCCUGGACCUGGAAGUCUGGGUUCAAUGUGUCCAUUCAUGCAGCCAUUCGACACUCAGAGUGGAAGCUGCUGACUGGAUACCCAGGUUGUGACGUCUGGUUCCCUCGACCGGAGAAUAACAGCUUCUAUCGGGACUCCUCCUCCGAUGAGCCUCUGAAGCCCGUGAUGCUCUUCAACAUUGAAGAUGAUCCUGAGGAGAGAAAUGAAGUGUCCGCUCUGUACCCUUCAGUAGUGGAGUCUCUCCUCGACCGGCUUACACACUACCAGAAAAGUGCCGUGCCGAUAAACUACCCUGACCCUGACCCUAAAUGUGACCCGGGCCCUGAUGGAGCCUGGGGACCCUGGGCUUAGAUCACAAUAACAAUAAAGACGUUUUACAGUGUUUACAACAUCAUCUCUUCUAUCUAGAAAAAAAAAAAUCCAGUUUUCAGAUUCUGCUCGUUGAUUAUUAAAGAAGAAAGAAAUCAAAAGCAGCUCGUAUCUAAAUUAAACCGUGCAGAUUUGUAGAGAAUAUAUUUGUUUUAUUUAAAUACGUGAUCAGCUUGAUUUUUUUUAUUUUUAAUAUAUUUUCAGCAGCCGGUGGAGAAAAUGAGUCAUGACAGACCGAUGCUGUCUCUGUCAUUGAUCUGUGUUUUAAAGCUCUGUUAGCUACACACGUUGCUGAUUUGUAAAGAACAUCUUCCUGCUGUUUCAGGUAUUUGCACUUCAUUUAUCUAUCUGUGGAGAUACAGCAGGCUCCCUGUGUUUCAGACGCAAAGCUGCAGAGAAAUUACAACUUUUUUUAUACAAGG